AUGGUGUCUGACGAGACAUACGACAUUUGUCUUCCGGUCCUAGAGGACCCAGACCUUGACGAUGAGGAGAAGACAGACAAGCUACAGGACCUUCUCAGGGAAAAGACAACCUUGAGCGGGCAGUCACUGGAUAAUGCAGUGUUAGAUGCCAUGUGGAGGUUUCGAGACGGAGGCGGAACGGCGACAUCUCCGCCAUCCAUACGACAGAGCAUUCUCCGACGCCCGUCGCCGGCUCCCUGGAGAGGCUCUAGCACCCCUCUUUCCAGCUCGCCUCGCUUGAGCGUCAGUCCGCUCGCCCCUCCCGGAUAUGUACCGACAACUUUCGGCCGGGCCAUGUCUUCUACGGCUUCCCCUUUUGGUUCGCCUAGGCCAUCCCCGCGACUCGCGUUUGCUACACCCGUCCCUCACAGUCCUAAUUUAAACGCCUAUCAGUUUGCCGCCAAUGAUGAACCCCCUUCGCAAGAGGUAUUCGGAGAUUACCAGUCGGACAAUGUAGACUGGCUCGUUAGUGACGAUGACCGUCUCAGUGUGACCUCUUCCAUCGGCGGCUCGAGUGGCUUGAAUGUGGCCGCUCCCGAAUUCGUAUCGACUCAGCAGGCCGAUAUGAGUCCGUUUGACAUGUUGAGGUCCAUCUUGGGUCCGAGUAAAACGGAUGACGAAAUCGGCACUGCCCUUGCUAUGCAUGGCUAUGACCUGAGCGCCACCGUUGCCUCUAUUAUGGGCGACCAGGCACAGGAUGAUGUCUCCCUUUUGGGCCAUAACGAUGAAGCCAAGGUGGUUGUAAUUGGCAAGUCAAUGACCCCUGAUCAACGCCCUGCGACUCCGGCCGACCAGCAGAGAUCGGGUGUGAUUUGCAAGUUUUACCUGUCCACCGGGCAGUGCUUGCGCUCUGAUUGCCGGUUUAGCCACGAUUUGAGCAAUCAUAUCUGCAAGUACUGGGUUGCUGGCAACUGUUUGGCUCGUGAUACCUGCGUAUUCUCUCAUGACCCGGCGAAUUUGGUGAACAAGCUGCAUAUUGACGGUUCGGGCACACCACCGACGCAUUACUCGACGGUAAACGUUCAGGACUAUAACAGUUUUCCGUCCUUGCAGCCGGGAACUCCUGAGCAGUUGCCCGUUUUCCCAGCGUCAGCCAACACUCCCGCAGUAGGGAUCACUCCGCCGCCGGGCUUCAAGGGCCACCACAACUACGGCUAUCCCGACCGUCCGCGAUCGCGGCCUGGUAGCCGACACCAGCAAAAGGAAGUAACGCAAACGGUCCCGUCUCCGGACGAUGCGGAUGCGUUUCCUACUCUGGGCGCCGCUUUGGCCAAGCAAAGCAAGAAGCACCAUGGUAAAAGGGGUGGACAUGGCCACACCGGUAGUGGCAGCAGUAGCAGCACCAAGGAAAUCGCUAGUCCAGGCCCGAGCACACUCGCCGAUAUUGUCAAGAUGUCUCCCUCUCCUGUCAACAUCAACCUGAGGCCUAAUGGUAAGCUGGGUCGCAAUGGCAGCUCUACCAGCAUUCGAAAUGGCGAGAACAGCGCUGCUGCUCAGGCUAUCCCACCGCCCAAGCACAUUCCUUGGCUUGAGACUGGAGAGAAGGCGAACAAGGCGUAUCUCAAGGCACGUCAGGAGGCCAUUAAGCACGGCGGCUUGCGCAACAAGUUUCUGCAAAGUGCGGCUCAAGCGUGGAACCGCAACGAUGCCCGUGCGGCCAAGGCGCUGAGCUUGCGCGGCCAGAGCGAAAACGACCUGAUGAGGAAAGCUCACCGUGAAGCUGCGGCGCUGCUCUACGAGGAACGCAACAAAAACAAUGGCAGCUAUCCUGAGAUCUACGUUGACUUGCACGGCCUACACCCUGAAGAGGCAGUCGAAUACCUUGCAGGUAUUUUGACCGAGAACACAAACGAAAGCAGACCUGUCUAUGCCAUCACCGGUACCGGGCAUCACAGCAAGAACGGCAAGGACAAGGUGGGCAAGGCGUUGCGCACUUUUCUCAACGAGUGGCACUACGCCUACCGUGAGUUCUCGGUGCCGGGGGAUAGAAAUAGCAUGGGCGGGAUUUUGGGUAUUGAUGCGAAGAGUUGGGAUAAGUCAUUGUCGCAGGAUGGGGUUAGUUUGGUGAAGAAGGACGAGCUCAAGGGGGAUGUUGAUAUUCUUUCCCAGGGGGUAGAGAUUGGGGAGGGGAAAGUGAAGCUGCUUGUUAGGGACCCGAUGGCUACCAAGGAGAUUCCCAAGGGUCCUGCUAGCUACAGGGGAAGGUGA